UAAAGAAAAUACGUAUUGUGUUUAGAAUUUAAAUUAACAAAGAAGGAACAAUCGUGCACCCCUCGGUGGCGAUUUGCCAGCGUAUUAAGUCCGCGCAGAGCAGUGUAUUCCAAAUUUGUCAUAUUCAUAUGUAAUAGAAUUUAAAAAUCUACAUUCAUAGACUCUGAAAAAUCCUGCCGUAUUAGCGGCUUCGGCGAUACACGAGAGCCGUGUGUUUUUUAUUCGAACUCACCGAAGUUAGUUGUGACUGUAGGGGAGAAGCUCCGUGAUCUUCCGACUUCAGGAUUUUACUCUGAGAAUCUCCAACAUGUCCCCUGAACUGACAGUGCCUCAAAGUUAUAUUAUAUCUCUCCUGAAAUACUUCAACAAAUUCAAGUCUGGAUAGCUCUAUAUUCUGGCAACGUUUGAAUAAGGAAUUUUACUCGUGGAGAUUUUUAUAUAUGAGUUUAUACUCUUGAGUUGUUGAUACUUUUCUUUGAACUUGUGAGGAGACGUUUCAGCCACCAUGGGAAACGGGCUCUGUGUAGAAACGGGCAGUUCCAUGACAGUCUUUGACUGGGGAUUCUAGCCUGUGUUGUGGUAUCCUACUUCUUGUGAGUUUUUGCGUUGGUAAACCGAGUAAAACAUGUCGACCGCGGCCUCAGUUCUGGAUAAAUUUAUCGGCCGGAAGCCGCCACCACCGCCCCCGCCAGAUCCGCCCCCGGACCCACCACCACAAGACCCAAAUCAACCAAAGAUGGACCAUGUCCUCGGAACCGUUCAGGCACAAGUUGGUCUACGAACAAUCUAUGAUGACGAUUUCAUUGACAGACUCAACCAUUACUACACUGUAAUACUAUUAAUAGUAUUCACGGUGAUAGUGAGUACAAACCAGUACGUGGGGGACCCUAUAGAAUGCUGGUGCCCCGCGGACUUCACGGAGAACCGCGUGGACUAUACUAAUUUUGUGUGCUGGGUCAGUAACACGUACUACAUCCCAAUGCAGAACCAAAUUCCGGUGAACGUUGACAAUCGUCGACAGAAGGAGCUGACAUAUUAUCAGUGGGUCCCAAUUAUCCUCCUUAUCCUUGCUUUACUCUUCAAAAUGCCUCGAAUGGUGUGGAAAGUUCUCUCGGCUUCCAGUGGGAUCAGUAUGGAUAAGCUUGGGAAUCUGGCCAAAGAAACUCAGUACAUUAGUCCAGAAGACAGGGAGAAAAAGCUGAAUCACAUCGUGAAGUACCUUGACCAAUGGUUGAGUGGUGUACAGCACUACCGAGCAGGGAUGUGCGUAAAAUUACGAGAAAGCGCCAGCAAGUUUGCGUGCUGCUUCUGCGGCCGUCAUUUUGGAAACUAUCUGGUCACGUGCGUUCUUUUCAUAAAGUUACUGUACUUAGUAAACGCUAUAUCACAACUGUACAUACUGAACGCGUUUCUCGGGACUGACUACAGUGUCUAUGGAAUCGAAGUUCUGACGUCACUGUACAAUGGCGAAGAUUGGACUUACUCGCCGAGGUUUCCUCGCGUUACAUUGUGUGAUUUUGAGAUUCGCCAAAUGACAAAUCUACAACGAUGGACAGUUCAAUGCGUUUUGCCUAUCAAUCUCUUCAAUGAGAAAAUCUUCAUCUUCCUUUGGUUUUGGCACGUUUUGCUGGCCUUCCUCAGCGCGUUUAGUUUAGUUGUUAGCGCGUACGCUUUCAUGUUUCCGCAGCACCGUAAAUCGUACAUCCGCAAGUACCUUCUCCUCAACAAACUGUACAAAACAGGCAGGAUGGCAAGCGAGAGAGAAAAGAAGAUGGUUCGUCGGUUUGUGGACAACUACCUACGUCACGAUGGAUGCUAUGUCUUGCGAGUGUUCAGUAACAAUGCUAAUGACGUCAUCACAUCUGAAAUCAUUAAAUAUCUUUAUCAGGACUAUGUAAAAGAGAAAGAGCAGAGGGAAAACAAAGACGUGGACACAAAUGGUUUAAUGGAGGAUAGCCAAAAAUAGGUCUUAAAUACACGAAGACCUAGAAAUGUCCAAAAAUAAUGACAUGUUAAUUCUGAAACAUGCUUGUUGCCAAAAAUAUUCAUUACCAAAGGACUCUAAAUAGCCAGCACCUUAUAUUGGUUAUGGUUUCUUGCGCUGAGAGAGUAUGCACGCACUUGAUGUGAAUCGACGUCUUUCAGCGUAUUUGUUUUAAUACUGAUAUUGAAAAUCUAAUGAAUAUCACUGCUUAACACCAAGGUGUUACACAGAAAUGAUCUCUCUGUCCGCAGUAAUUUAUGUUUUUAUGUUUUCUUUCUGUUUUCUUGCGUUUUCGUUUAACUUGUUAAGGUUUGUUUGCUUUUUGUUUGUUUUGUCCGGUUCAUUCCAGUUUCAACGUCACCCGUCACCCUUGAAAUAUAAAUAUCUGUGAUACUGCGAUAUAGAUUAUGUAGAUUUUUUUCUCUUAAAAAGAUCACCUCUCUCUUUUUCUCUUUCUCCUUCACUCGGCGUACAGUUUCAUUAUUACUUUCACACGAUGUGUUAAUGUUUUGCAUAAUUUGAUGUUGUAGUUAGCGGUAGAGGAGGGUAAGUGGGAUUGGGCAAUUCUAAUUAACCCACCUAAAUGUCUUAACUUGGAGUCAAGUACUGACCUUAAUCAAUUCACGCGGAAGAUUGGGUGUUUUGUAUGUAAUGAUAUUUAAAAUCCCUUUGUUCCUCCAGUUAGGGCUUCUUUACAAAAGAUUAGAACUAGACAAAAAAAUCUGGUUAACCCGGGAAUGGUCACGCUAAUGCACGCCCCUUGUGGGGUUUAGGUGGCAUUUAAUUGCUCCUAAUGUGUUUUGUCUUCUGGGUUUUGAUUUGUAAUUUAAGAUUUCGUAGAUAAUUGGCAAGAAGAUGAAAUACUUAUGCAUUAUUGGGAGGGCCAGACAUAGACUUUCAACAUUUUUUGAAUUGUUUUAUCUUCUAUAUUUUCUAUGAAAAUAAUGUCAUGUAUUUUCUUCGAAUGAUUCACAUCAAUACAUGACACAAGAUUAAUAAAACUUUGCGGUUUAGUAUUUUGUUUCUUUAAGAUCAGACAUUUGGUUCAUGCUUUAUUGUUGUAAAUAAGUUUCAUUCAAAAUGUACAUGCUUUUUACUGACGCAAAUAUUCAUUUUCAUUAUGAUAAUUCUAAUAUUUCGUGUUUGUUUUUAAUGAAUACAAGCGACAUGGCUGUGUUUUUAUUUUAACUCCAACAUAAUGUGACGAUGACUACGAUGAAAGUGAUGAUGAGGUUGUGUUAUUUUUAUACAAAGAGAGGAUAUAAAAGUACAAAACUAAU